GACAGCUAUAAUAUACACAGAAUUCCGGACCCGAGUCAGACUCCAGCUGCGACUCUCGGGUUACACUUCGUGCUUUGUGCCAUUUGUAACUCAAGAAUAAACAAGCACUGCUUUGCUCAAACUCAAUAUUGCCUCCUCCAUUCUUUCCAACCGAGGAUCCAAACGAACCUGAGGAAGGAACAUCCUUCAAUUUUGGCGUCACGAACAGGAUCCUCUAGGAAAGACGUUUGAAGAAUUGGCAAAAGUCUGUUGGUUUGGGUGGAACGCCUUGCGGGGCCCUAACCUGAAAUAAGGUAAGAAGGAAUUUACCUUCACGCUUGGUGUUCUAUUCCGAACCUCAGUCGUCUAAAAGCAAUGUUGAUUUGAAGUGAGCUGUUGCUGUGAAAUCCGGAUAAUACAGUAAAGGUUUUGUGGGGAUAGAUUAAAUACUGUGAAAAAUAUUAGCCUUGUAUUCCCAAUAGGGGUUGUCCUGUGGUGGCGUAAACGACAUGGUUAUGGUAUAAAAAGUUGUAAUAUUAGCCUUGUAUUCCCAAUAGGGGUUGUCCUGUGGUGACGUAAACGACAUGGUUAUAUUAUAAGAAGUUGAAUGUUAGCCUUGUAGCCCUUAAAAGAGGUUGUCCUGUGGUGACGUAAAUGACAUGGUUAUAGUAGCCUUAUACGCCUGAAAGAGGUUGUCCUGUGGUGACGUAAAUCAUAUGGUUACGAAAAUAAUAAAUGUGUAAAGUUUUGAAGUAGGCUUCUUUAUAAGUGAAGUACAUAAUAAUAAAGUUGUGGAGAAGGGCGCUGCCCGACGUAAAUAAGUUAACAGAAUGGACGGAGAAUUUGACGCGGAGAAACAGUGGUUUGAUUUAGGGACACUCAGGGACAGUGGAUCGACAUUGAAAGAGCAGUUUGAGGCUGCUUUGGAAAUUCAUGGACACAAUCAUGAAGUGGGGGAGCGAGAUAAGAAACAGCAUGAAUUAAAGAAAUGGUUUGAGAAAUGUCAGAAAAGUGGACACUUUCCGCCUUAUGAGGUGAAAAAGAGUUUGUUGACUUUGAUGAAUAAAGCGGAAGGUCGGAUUGUGACGAGACAACAAGAAUUGACGGCAGAAAAAGCGUCAAAAUGGUCGCGUAAAGGGCGGCAACAGAGCGCCAGUCUGGAGAAAUUGGAAAAAUUGAGACAGCGUGUGCGGUGUGUCGCGCUGUGCACAGGACCAAACAUGUGGAAAAAAGGAGGGAUGUUGCCCCAACCGGAACAACAGCCUGGUGCGCAGACUGGCUGCGCAGCAAAGACUGAUGACGUAGAAAGUGGGGGUGGAAACCAGAGAACAGAAUGUGAGCCUACUGCUCCACCUGGUGGCCUGUAUCCUCCACUACACGACUACACACACACACAGACUCACAGUCAGACACAUAUGACACAGGCGAGUUUAGAACCGCCUCCUUACCCAAGUAACAAGAACCCUUUCCAACAAGUAGAACCAACAAAUCCUUUUCAAUUCCAACUGCCCAUUUUUGAGAUUACUAGUGGCAGUUUGGAAGGAGAAAUGAUUGAUAAUAAAACAUAUAGGAAGAAACAGUUAGAAGUAAAAGUAACCACAACACCAGGUUCAGCUAGUACAAAUAAAGCAGAAACUAAGGGAGGUGAUGCUGACGGUUUUACCACUUUAGAAGGAAUAGUGAGUGCUAAAAUGAGCAAUGUGAUGAAAUUACUGGACGGAUGGAAAAAAGGUUACGUAGAUGAAGAGAUGUUGGGUAAAGGCAUGAUAACUACGUUAUCUACCGCCACGACUAUGGGAGCAAAUCCCAUGUUGGGGGAAAAAAUGAAGAGGGAAAUGCAGAGAAUACUGGCUGACAUAGAGAAACACCAACAUGAAAGAAAGAGAAACGAGCGAGACGAGGCAGGUAAAGAAGAGGAAGAGAAUGAACUGGAAGAAUUAGAAGAAAGACUACAACAGGUGCUUCCAACAACGAAAAAAGUGUCGGAAAUAUCCGCGAGAAGGUCCCCCAUAAAAACUCGACAGCAAGUUAAAGAUAGUCAAGCAAUCACAGAAUUAUUGGCGUCUGUAAAAUGCGGAGAGGAGAAUGAUGGAGAGAAAGCGGAGGGUGGUGCGUAUCAGCUUCCGGUUUUCCAUAGACAAGAUACUGAUGGUAGAGUACACACACAAUACAAACCCCUCUCAUUUACUGAUGUGACUGCUUUAGCCUGCCAACUUCCUGCCCUCACAGGAGGAGGAGCAAUAUGGUUACACAAAUUUGGAGCUUUGACUUCUGGUAUAUUGCUCUCAGCCGGAGAUAUUAGCUCUAUACUUUCAAGAUGCUGUUCCUCUACACAACUCAUGCCUUUGAGAGCUGCUUGUCCAUGGCUUGUGGCUGACCCUUCUGUUCCUCUAACGGCGGCCAUGUUACAGACACUGAGGGAGGCAAUUCGUGAACACUUUCCCACCCCAACUGUAACUUAUGCGGAACUCUCAUAUACACCUCAACCAGCUGAGUCGCCCUCAGCUUUUCUGGCUAGAGCAGAAGAAGAUUUUGUUAGCAAAACAGGAGAAAACCCCAUGCAAUCUCCAAUGGCAGCUUCUCUAUUUAGGUCAGCAGUAAUUAAAGGCAUGCCAGAACCUGUUAAAAAUAGUAUGGUAGAAAAUCCAGAUCUCCCGACCGCCGAUCAUAGUAGAUGGUGCUCCCAUCUUAAGCAUCACUUACAAAAAUAUUCAGACAGGGCUGGAUCACAUGAGGACAAAAUGGAAAAACUAAAAAAUGAGCUACUCGCACUCCAGGUGCAGAGCGCAAAACAGGAAGCUUCUCAAUCAAAGAAGCACAAGGCAGUAACGCAAGCCCCUGUUCAAGCCGAAUAUGUUCAAACUGAACCAGCACCCACGACUUACACUCCAUACGUUCCACAGCCACCAUGGCCAGGUACGGGUCACACAGGGUGGGAUUUUGACCCACCUCAGGUACAGUCACAUAUGCAGAUGUACUCAGGUAGAAGUGUGUAUUGUAAUAGGAAUGGGCGUCAGAUGUAUGCAGGGCGGGGCUAUAACAAUAAUAAUGCCCUCAGGGGAAGUAAUGGUCCUCCAGGAGGUCGAGGAGGCAUGCAGCAGGGUGGCUGGAAUCAGGAUCAGGGGUCGGUACAAUGCUGGUCGUGUGGUGAGUACGGGCAUAUCUCAACGGGCUGCCCUCGUAAGAGACGACAACAGGGGCGUGGUGGCUAUGGCCCACCCCCAUUUCACCCACAAGGACCACCACCUCCAGGUCCGCCACAACACCCACAACACCCUAACCAGAACCUGGCACCGGGUGGACAAUACCCCCAACAAUGAAGGGGCCAAAGAGAUCAACUAGGUGGGCUGCAGGACCCCACCCUCAUGAUGACUGUUUGCGGGGUUUCCUUUCCAUUUAUGGUGGACACUGGAGCUCGGCAUUCGACUUUGUCCUCUUUGCCUGGUUUCAUAACUCUUUCCUCCCAAACAGUGUCACUUGUUGGUUUCU